AUGAUAGAUGACGAUGGAUGCGCUUUGUCUGGUUACAACAGCCAGUUUUCCGAGGGCUUGUCCAGCGAGGUGGCUGCCUCCACCAACUACUUGGGUAAGUUGCAGACGCAGACACCUCCUGACUUGCAGAAGGUGGUCUUCAAUUCCAAUUCUUUUGUCAACACCAUCACAGUGACAGACGCUGGCACUCUGGCAGUCUGCUACUGCGCCGUCACUGUGGACAGCACGUGUCCGGAGCCCUCCAACUGGAAGCUGGUGACUCACCUCACGGUGAAGGGCCCUCAGAUCAACCAGCGCUGGACCUUCUCCACCAACGUGGUCUUCCGCUUCGGCUACGAGGGCUUCGGGCUCACUUCAGGCGAUACCAUCCGAAUCAUCUCCUCGGAUGGCAAGUGCACAGACAACAACUACAACCCCAACACUGCAGCCUUCGCCUACACCGCGCUGAAGGUGAAGUGCCCAGUGCCCUGUACCGACGUGACGCUGACCGGCGGCACAGAGCCGGGGGAUCUCAGCACCAAGGUGCUGUCAGCGGAUGCCUACAACUGCGAUGUCAACAAUGAGAACUGUGAGACGAACGACAUCACCACCAUCACAGUCAUCAGCGAGACUGAGACGGAGCUCGUCUUCCAGAAAGACCAUAUGAUGCAGACAGGCGAUGAGAUCACCUUGGGGGCAAACAUCUUCUGCGAAGCAGGUGAUCCUGUAUGUACAGAUGAGAUGCUCACUGCCCUGAAGGGCGCCUUCCCCUUCGCGGACGCGGCCACCAACAGCGGCACGGCACCAGAGUCCUACCUCGCAGCGCACAAAUUCACCACCUCGACGGAUCCCAUGCGCGGGCGCAUCCGCAUCGGCUGGCCGACUCCAGCGCCAAAGUUCACCAUCAUCUACGCGGGCGCGAGGCCUGAGAUUGGCUACAUCGGCAGGGGCGGGCUUUGGACUCACCACAGCCGAGCCCAGACGCGGGAGGAGAUCAUGGCCACCGCCGAGCGCGCGAACUUGCGGGUGUGCUGGCAGUUUGGUGGCAAUGGGGCCAAGUACGUGGAGGAGAUUGGCAAGAUGACCAUCCGCAACCCUGCUACGAUGCUGGGAGCCACGCUCAGCAUGAGCAGUUCAGCCAGAAAAACGGCGGUGCCGAUGAUUCUGACCUUCACAACGGCCGGUGGCGUCACUGGCAUGCGACGGCUCUGA